AUGGCCGGCGACAGAGACAGAGACCAGGACAGAAAUCGGGACGGAGGACAGAAAUCAGGACAGGGACCGGGACUGGGACCUGGACAGAGGCUAGGACAGAAAUCAGGGCAGGGACCGGGACCGGGACCGGGACAGAAAUCGGGACAGGGACCGGGGCGGCGCUCGACCGCCCUGCGCCGCACCAGGAAGGAGAAGAAGGUGGACAACAUGAAGCCCAAGCACCCUGAUGAGCAGGAGAUCCCCUUCCGCCUGCGGGAGCUCAUGAGGAGCCGUGAGGCCAUGAAGCGCCCUGACCCCAGAAGGCAGCAGGGUGCAGAGAAGAAGCAGCAGCCCAAGGCAAAGGGCACCAAAGCCCAGGGCGACAUCCCUGUGCCCAGGUUCAGGAGGGGCAAGGGGGAGUCAGAGCGUUCCUACAUCUGCCGCAUGGAGCAGGAGGUGAAGCACCUCCUCUUCCUCACCAAGAACCAGGUGCAGCGGGAGCCUGAGAAGGAGGACAUAGCACCGGCGAAGUCCAAGAGAAAGAAAGAGUUUCAGAACAAGAAGCUGGAAAAAGCUCGGAAGAAGAAGGAGGAGAAGAAAGAGGCCAUGCUGGAGAAGAGAAGGUUCCAAGACACUGUGGCGUUCGGGGAGGUGGUUACGCAGCCGCCCACCAUCACCUCACGGCCCAGGGGCCAGGGCCCUGCAGAGCAGGCUGGACGGAGGCAGCUCCUCCUGAGGUCUUGCCUGGGCCAGAGCCAGGCAUCCCCAGCAGCGCGGAUGUCAAUGGCUCGGCAGCGCAUCGUGGAGGAGGAGAGAGCCCGCGUCAUCCAGGCCUACAGGGACAUCCAGAGGCGCAAACGGCAGCAGCGGGAGAUGGCACAGGCUGGCAGCACCCAGCCUGGCCAGAGGGUGCCCCGCUGA